AUGGAGACUACAACCUCCACAGACCCGUCUUGGACGGUGUUCCUGUUUGCAGAUUUGUUUUUCGUUUGGUAUUUGAUUGUCAUCGCCGUGGCAUACAACGGUUUCUUCACCAUCCUGUUCAAGUUCACCAAAAAAUCGAGAUCCAGGUCGUUAUCUGAGUCAGAGUCCUCUGCAUGCGAAGGUGUCACCAUUUUGAGACCAUUAAAGGGCAUCGAUCCAGAAUUGGAAACGUGCCUGAGAUCGUCCUUUUUGCAAAAAUACCCCAAAUCGAUGCUCGAGAUUAUUUUCUGUGUGCAAGACCAGCUAGACCCUGCGAUUUCGAUCGCGAAAAAACUCAUUGCGGAAUACCCAGACAUCGACGCAAAGCUGCUGAUCGACCCCGAUCAGACGUCCAAGUGCAGCUACGGACCAAACCCUAAAGUGAACAACCUUGCAAAAGGUUACGAAGCCGCAAAAUUCGAUAUUCUUUGGAUUCAGGACUCCAAUGUCUGGUCCAGACCAGAUACUUUACAGAGGUCUGUGGUUGCAUUGACCAGAUCUCUCAAUAAUGGGAAGCCAACCUCGCGGAAGGUCAAUCUCGUGCACCAUGCUCCGCUCGCCGUGUCUUUGGGGGACUGUUUCCAAGGAGCCCUGGGUGCCAGCUUGGAUGAGAUGUUUCUCGGAACUGCACACUCCAAGUUUUACGUUUCGCUGAACGAGGUCGCCGUGGCUCCAUGUGUGAACGGCAAGUCCAACGUAUACAGACGUUCCGAGCUGGACGAAGCCGUGUUCAGAAUGGGACAGAGUGCGAGCGCGCCAAGUUCCGACGGCCAGAGCGGUGAUAUCCACCAAGACGCAAGAUAUUACAGCUUACAGCCUGGUCACGGGAUCAGAUUCUUUGCACGCUAUAUUGGCGAAGACAACAUGAUCGGAAUCGCACUGUGGGACUACUGUCACGGUCGCACUGCCAUGACCGGAGAUUGUGUGGUUCAGCCGCUGGGAGGUUCUAAUGGACUUCUUGCUUACUGCCACCGCCGAAUCAGAUGGCUGAGGGUGCGAAAAUACAUGGUGUUGGCUGCCACAUUGCUUGAACCGACUACCGAGUGUUUGCUCAGCGGAUUGUACGGUGGAUUUGCCAUGGGGGUGCUAUUUGGUAGCAGCUACUUUUCCAAAUGGUUCUUCACUCUCCACGUUCUUGUGUGGCUCGCAACCGACUACAUCCAGAUGUGCCAUCUGUUUGAUUCUGUCAGGGGAGGCGGGAUCGAGGAGCCGUUCUUUGUGGAGCUGUCGAGCUCGAGAGUGCAGGAAAAGAGCCCUACUUGGUUCUUGACCAACUGGCUACUCCGCGAGCUGCUGGCUCUCCCUGUGUGGGUGGUUGCCGUGCUGGGGUCGCACAUCGACUGGAGAGGCCAGCCGUUCAGAAUUAAGGCGGAUCUCAGCGCUGAAAAGUUAUGA